AUGGCGCAGCGCUUUCCCUCUGGAGCACCUAGCACAGCGCCGCCGCCGCCGGGUCCUAUGCAACCUCAGCAACGCUAUCCAGGACCUGCACAGCCUCCAGGAUCACCAAUGCAGCAAAGACCUUAUUCCGGCCCUAAUUUCCCGCAGCAGCAGCGGGCGGCUCUGGCGGGGGUGCCGGGCGGGCCGGGUGCAGGGGGCCCGGGUGCGGGGGGCGCGGGCGGGGGCGGGCGCGCGUUCGGCGGGGGGCCGCGCGCGCCCGCGCCGCCCGCCGCCAAGCGCGCGCCCGACACGCGCGCGCCGCUGCCGCCGCAGCACAAGCCGCAGCUCUACGCACAGGAGGGGUACGGCGCUGGGGGCGGUGCAGGUGCCGCGGGGGGCGGGGCGGGGACGGGCCCGGCCGCCAAGCGUAAGAAGCGGCUUGCCGACAAGAUCUUGCCGCAGAAGGUGCGCGACCUGGUGCCCGAGUCGCAGGCCUACAUGGACUUGCUGGCCUUUGAGCGCAAGCUCGACGCCACCAUACACCGCAAGCGCCUCGACAUACAGGAGGCGCUCAAGCGCCCCAUGAAGCAGAAGCGCAAGCUGCGCAUCUUCAUCUCCAACACCUUCUACCCAGGUCAGGGCGACAACGCCGUAGCAUCUUGGGAACUGCGAGUAGAGGGACGUCUGCUCGAUGAUUCUAAAAACGAUCCCAAUAAGGUGAAGCGCAAGUUCUCGUCGUUCUUCAAGUCGCUAGUGAUCGAACUGGAUAAGGAAUUGUACGGGCCCGACAAUCACUUGGUGGAGUGGCACCGCACUCUCACUACGCAGGAGACUGACGGCUUCCAAGUGAAGCGGCCCGGGUACAAGAACGUGCGCUGCACGAUCCUGCUGCUGCUGGACUACCAGCCGCUGCAGUUCAAGCUGGACCAGCGCCUGGCGCGCCUGCUGGGCGUGCACACGCAGGCGCGCCCCGUCAUCGUCAACGCGCUCUGGCAGUACGUCAAGACGCACCGCCUGCAGGACCCGCACGAGCGCGAGUACGUGGUGUGCGACAAGUACCUGGAGCAGAUCUUCGGGUGCGCGCGCAUGAAGCUGGCGGAGGUGCCGGCGCGGCUGGGCGCGCUGCUGCACGCGCCGGACCCGAUCGUCAUCAACCACGUGAUCGCCGUCGAGCCGCCGCACGACACCAAGCAGACCGCCUGCUACGACAUCGACGUCGAGGUGGAUGAUACACUUAAAACACAAAUGAACAAUUUCCUACUGAGCACAGCCAACCAGCAAGAGAUACAGGGCCUUGAUGCUAAGAUACAUGAAACGGUGGAUACUAUCAAUCAGUUGAAAACCAAUCGCGAAUUUUUCUUAAGCUUCAGUAAAGAUCCGCAACAGUUCAUUCAGAAAUGGCUUGUCAGUCAGUCGAGAGAUUUGAAGACGCUGUCGGGCGGGUCGGGCAACCCCGAGGAGGAGCGGCGCGGGCAGUUCUACGCGCAGGCCUGGAGCGGCGAGGCGGCGGCGCGCUACCUGCACGCGCGCCUCGCCGCGCGCCGCCGCGACCUGGACCUGGCGCACGCGCCGCACGCGCCCCACGCGCCCCACGCGCCGCACCUGCAGCGCCUCUAG